AUGAGCACCUUUAUCGAUAUUAGACCUGCCACUCCUAAAGAUGUUCCUACUAUUUUGGGUUUUAUCAAGAAACUAGCCGAAUACGAAAAGCUCUUGCACGAAGUAGUGGCCACCGAAGAGAUCCUUACUGACAAUUUGUUUGGUGAACGUCGUUAUGCCGAAGUAAUCAUUGCCUAUGGUAAAAAGACACCCGAGUCCGAAGAAGAGCCAGCAGGUAUGGCUUUAUUCUUUCACAAUUUUUCUACUUUCUUGGGUCGCCCUGGACUUUAUUUGGAGGAUUUGUUUGUCAAUCCUGAAUUCAGAGGUUGUGGUAUUGGUAAAAAGUUAUUGACACAAUUAGCUGUAAUUGCUAAGGAGAGAAGCUGUGCUCGCUAUGAAUGGGUGUGUUUGGAUUGGAACAAGCCUUCGAGAGAAUUCUACGAGGCUUUGGGCGCUAAACCUCAAGCUCAAUGGAUUAUUCAUCGUGUAGAGGGUAAAUCACUCGAUGAUCUUGCCGCCUUAUAG